AGCGGCAGCAGCAGCAGCAGGAGGAGGAGGAGGAGGAGGAGGAGUAGACGGAGAAUUAGAAAAAGGGGGGGAAGACAAAUGUACUUUCUGUUGCAUCUGGCCUCCAGCUCCCUGACCAGCCCAGUCCACAGCAGCUCUUCACAGGAAGCCUCUAUGAGCCAGAAAGCAGAAGUUGCGUCUGAGUUUUGAGAGGAGGAAAAAAAAAAAGUUUUGUCAUUGUCAGUGUGUCAGCAUGGCUGGGGGCUCGGUGUCUGAGUGUAAGGAGUACUUGUUCAAAGUGCUGGUGAUCGGGGAAUUAGGCGUCGGGAAAACCAGUAUCAUCAAACGCUACGUCCACCAGCUUUUCUCGCAGCACUACAGAGCGACGAUUGGUGUCGACUUUGCACUUAAAGUUAUCAACUGGGACAGCAAGACGCUGGUCAGGUUACAGCUGUGGGAUAUCGCAGGUCAGGAACGAUUUGGGAACAUGACACGGGUGUACUACAAAGAGGCCGUGGGGGCGUUUGUGGUGUUCGAUGUGACAAGGGGCUCUACGUUUGAAGCUGUCUCCAAGUGGAAGCACGACCUUGACAGCAAGGUGAAGCUAGCUAAUGGGAACCCCAUCCCUUCAGUGCUGCUCGCCAAUAAAUGUGACCAGAAGAAAGACAGCUCCAACAACACAGGCCUAAUGGACAAUUUCUGCAAAGAGACUGGCUUUCUGGGGUGGUUUGAAACCUCAGCUAAGGACAACAUCAACGUGGAUGAGGCAGCACGUUUCCUGGUAGAGAAUAUCUUGGCUAACGACAAAGGUUUGCCGUACGAAGAGAGCAAUGGAGACCGGAUCAAACUGGACCAGGAGACUGUGGCUGCUGAGAGCAAGUCAGGCUGCUGCUAACACUCAAUCCAUUCACAUUAGCUGGCCUCCUCCCUUUGGCAGGGUCCACCGCUUGUGCCCAGCCUGUGGCUCUCAGCCCUUUAUUGCUGCCUCACAAAGGAAUAUGAAUUUUUUGGGGGUCUUCAAAGCUCCGGGAACUUCUCCUUCCUGCACUGCUGCCCAUUUGACCUGCACAUCCAUGUUUCUCUAUGUAGCUUUCCCUAGGCCAGAACAGAAGCCCAGUUUUAUCUUACUAUUGUCACUGCUGCUGCCAUGCUGUUUCCCUUCUUUCUCCCACAUCUGCAAACCACAGGAUCUUUAUUAUUGUUUGUCUCACCACAUAUUUACCUGACUGUGUAUUCCACCGCCAACUAUGAACUCCACCUGACCCUCCACACUUGAACCCUGCCACUGCUCCUGCUGCCCUGACAGCCUCUUUGAAGCCCUGGACUGUAUCACACCUGAGAAGGGUUUAAAACUAAGCAGAACGUUGAGAAACACAAGCUAGAAAACAACCUGUAGCCUCUUGAUUUCUGUCACUCAGAUAUAUUUUCACUCAGUAUCCUUGUCAUUCAGCGUUUGUCUGUGAAACAAGACACUUUAUUGUUCAGUCUAUCUGAGGUCUUUCUUCAGUUAACUUGGAUGUUACUGCCCCUUAUGGCACACUCAUGUUUGUGUGUCCAGCUGUUCUCAUAUUAGCAUCACAGCAAUAUCGAAGUGUUAGCACAUCUCAUAAUGCUGUCAUGAAUUGUUGUUUUCUCUGAAAUGUGCUAUAAUACAAUUUUUUCAUAUUUUCAUGGGAGGAUGAAUCACACUCGUCAUUGUUCACUCAAUUCUUUACAAGGACACAGACGGGCAAUACAGUAUUUCAGGAAAAAAAACUCUAAUGAUGGUAAUAUAUGAGGCACUGACAAAUAUUUGUUUUAUUGUCUCUCCAUCAGUGUGAAAAUGUGGAUCUGAUUUAUAAUAUGUAUUUUUGAAAUGUGUUGGGUCAUGCAUCAUAAACAUAAAAACAGAAUCAUACAGAGGCCUAAACUCUCUUGUACAUAGGGAUGGAAAUCUGUUAAGUGUAAAGAUGAAAUAUUAAGGAUUUUUUAAACAUGAAAAUGAGAUUAAGUUUACAUGUGAAAAUACUUUAAAUAUACACGACCAAAACAGAAUAAACAUUUUAACGGA